AUGUCAUCUACUAAUACUGCAACUGAUACUAGUGACUCGACAUCACAAUCGAGUUCUCCAAUUGUAAUUAUAAUAAUUGUCGUGGCUAUAGUUGGUCUUAUUGCUGGAGUUGCCGUGAUUUUGUAUUUCAAUUUCCAACGAAAGAAAAAAAAAAGAGAUAAUAAAUUAAAACCUCUCAUGCUUGCUUCCUCACGCGUAGAACCUCAUCCUCAUAAAAAUACAACACGUGGUAUUUCGGAUGUUACCUCACAUGUACAAAAAAAACAUGAUGUCCCGUCUGUCGUGUUUGAAGUACCAGAAAGCGAAAAGUAUGGAAUUCAUGAAAAAGUUAUAACUGAAGAAGACUCCCUUAGAUCCCCGCCUUUGGUUAGAGAAGGACCUGGAGGUUUGAGACGAACACCAACUAGGUCAAUGACUAUGCCUAUGCCAUCUAGAGGAGGUGAAGAGUUUUCGUCAUCGGAGGAGGAGUAUGAUGAUGACGGCGACGACGACGAAGAAGCAUAUACAGGGGUAUCACAACAACAUUAUACACAUUCCGGUGAAACAUAA